AUGACGACGAGGAGGAAGAGAACAGAAAGAACAGGGAAAAGAGCGAGAAGAGGGAGCAGAGAGAAAACAGAAAACGUUGCGAAGACAAAGAACACAGAGCACGGAAAUAACAAUGAGAACCAUGCUAAUAGAAGUAACGGAGAGAACACAAGGACAGAAACAGCGGAGAGAGCAAAGGGGACCGAGAAAACUGAGAGGACAGGAAAAACAAAGAGAACGGGAAUGACGGAGAGAGCGGAAAGGACAGAGAGAAUGGAGAAGACAAUGAGAACAGAGAGAGCAGAGAGCACAGAGGUAACAAUGAGAAUAAAUCAAACAAAGAAGACGAAAAGAAUGGAGGAAAUAGAGAGGACACAGAGAAAGGUGAAAACAGAACGGAAGAAAGAGAACAGAGAGAACAGAGAAAAGAAUGACAACAUUUCGAACACAGAAAACAGAGCACAGAAAGGGACGCAGAGAACGGAGAGAAUAAGAAAAAACAGAGAGUGCAAAGAGGACAGAGAGUACAGAAAGCACAGAAAUAAUAAUGACGACAAUACCAAUAGGGAAAACGUACAGAAUAGAGGGAAUAGAAAGAAGAUAAAGAGGAGAGAGAUGACGGUGAGGACAAGGAGAAUAGAGACAAUAAACAGAGAAAUCAGUGAGAACAAAAAGAAGAGAGGAAAGAGGGGCAAAGAGGACAGACAGCACAGAGAGAAUAGAGAAGCCGUUGAGAACAAAGAGGACAGAGAGAACAUAGAAAACGAAGAGAACAGAGAGGAUAAAAAGGACAGAGAGAACAGAGAGAACGGGUUGGCGGUGACACGAAUUGCGGCCGUUUUCUGCUUUUCCGAACGUUACGACUUCCUCCAUAAAUCCGCUCUAAUUGGGGCCGUUUUGACGAAGAUUCGACUCUUGUGCUUACUCAUGCCGGCCCAAGAGUAUUUGUCAAGGACGGUGCGCGUGCUGGAGGCUGUUGAAAAGUAA